AGUAACAGCGAGGAGUGAGUCAUCUGUCAGAGCAGAGAGGAUCUUCGGCUGCAGGUUGGUGUGAGCGGACUCGAACCCGCAUCUCUGACAGAGACCGGAGCCUCAGAUCGGAGCAGACCCCAUCAGACCCGGACUGCGAACUCACCGGUUCUUCCUCGGUGACCAUGAAGGAUCAGAACUUAAAAGACGAGGUGAUGAAGAUUCUGGAGGAAGCUCCGAACGCCAGGAAAGCUCUGCUGGAAAACUACGACAACCUGCUGAAGUUGGCCGACUACUGCCAAAACAACUACAUAAAGUCAGGUGACAGCAGUAUGAAGGCGUUGGAGGAAACAAAAAACUUCACCACCCAAUCACUGGCCAGCAUCGCCUACCAGAUCAGCACUCUGGCCAACAGCGUGCUGAGUCUGUUCGACGCUCAGACCAAUCAGCUGCGUCACAUGGAGUCUUCCAUCAACCUCAUUGGUCAGACCGUGGAGAUGCACAAAGAGAAAGUUUCUCGGAGGGAGAUCGGCGUCUUCACGGCGGUCAGACGAGUCCCACGCAGCCAGAAGAUCCUCCCACCUGCUCAGCCUCCUGCAGGUACGCAGCCCAUCGCACCUUACAGCCGCCGACCAAUCAACUACCAGCAGCUGGACGGCCUGGGCCACGGCAUGAAGGUCUCUGGGAAACAGUCGGACAGAACAGGAACGAUCCGUAAACAUGGAGCCUCUGUCAGGUCCAACAAACCUCUGGAGCCGGUGCAGUGCCCGGUGGUGCCCCCUGUUGGCGGCUCCAGUUUUGGGAAACCUGUGGCUCCGCCCACCAUCCCCACCACCUGGCAGCAGGCUCCACCUGAGUGUGACAUCAUCACCACGCUGCUGGACGACGCCCCGCCCCCUCCUCCUGAGAUGAAUGACAUGUUGGCUCAGGAUGAUGAGGUCAUGAGCUCCUCUGUCCCGCCCCCUCCACCUCCUCCCCCUGAUUUGUCAGGGGAGGUGGUGGCUCCUCCCCCACCCCCUCCUCCUCCUCCUCCCCCUCCAGGGGCUCUGACCAAUCCCAGUGCUCUGCCACCAGCCCCGCCUCUCAGCCUCGAGACAGUGGUGGAGGAGAACAGCUUCUCCUCUCCCUCCCCUCCCCCUCCCCCUCCUCCCUCUGAUGAUGACAGCUUCCCUCCUCUGCCCAAUGACGGCCCAGAACUGCCAGCCCCGCCCCCUCCACCUCCACCUGGCCAGGAAGUAGACGAUCUAGAGAUCCCGGCCCCGCCCCCUCCUCUCCUAUUGGAUGACGAAGGAGGCUUUGAUGACAUCAUGCCGCCCCUCCCUCCACCAGUGGACUAUGACACCAGUGCCCCCCCACAUUACCUGGAGAAAGUGGUGGCGCUGUACAGCUACGAGGCCACAAAACCCGACGACCUGUCCCUUGCCGAGGGUGACGUCAUCUACCUGACACGUCGCCACGACGACGGCUGGUGCGAGGGUUCCUUGAAUGGAAACGAGGGUUUCUUCCCAGCAAACUACGUCCAGUCGUGUGACUAGACAGAAGCCCCGCCCCCUUCCUAUGUUGCCAUGGAGACUAGAGUCAGACUGAGUCACGUCUGUUUUACUGUUUAAAAUGAUUUUACCGAAAAAAACAUGUUAAUGUAAAAAUAAAUUCAUUUAGAGAAAAAACAAUAAAAGUAAAUUCCAGGUCUAAAUCCCAAGAGCUGAAACACUUCAUCACUCAAUUGAUCAAUUAGUCAAAACAAACCUGAUCAGUCAUCAAUUGUUUCGAUCAGUUUUCAAGCCUCCCUGCUGUCAGCUUCAAGUUUGUUUUAGAAGCUGAGAAACAUGUUCAGUGUUCAAAUAAAACAAUGAUUCAGUAAAAUGAUCAAAAUAUAACAAUUCUAUUUAAAAGUAUAAAAUAAUUUUAUCCGUCAGUUUAUUUCUAAAAUAAAUUCUCUCCGUAACAAACUGAUUUUCUGCUGUAAAUAACUUUUUAUUGAUCAGCUGAUGCCUGUGUACUUUUACUUUGGUAACCUCCUGACUGAGUAUUUUUUUUACUGUUAAUGAAGUAUUUUAACAGAGUGGUGGAUCUGUGCUGCCCCCUGCAGGUCACUGACACAAACUACACAUUUCAAACUAAAACAUUGAUGGACAUCAUUCAUUCAUUCACAGUUUAAACAGAUUUAAUGUAAAUGUUUACUGUAGUCAUGUUUCUGUCAGUGUAACAAUCAGAUGAUCAAUAAAUUCAUCCAUCUCUGAAUAAAAUAUUUCUUAAUGUUUUACUA